UGUUUUAUUAGAAGUUGUCAGUCUCUUGUAAAACACAGUAGAGGGACUCAUGGUUCGGGCUGCAUGGCGGGUGUAAGUGGAUGAGCGUCAUUCCUCGCCAUGGCCUUCCUGUCGCAGUCGGAAGGGGAGGACGACCAAUACGUAUUUACCUGCAGCCUCGACAACGCCCGCAAUUUGUCCAACAUCCUGAAGGCCAUUAACUUCAAGGACCACGCCGCUUGUUUUGCCACCAGCAACGGACUUAAAUUCACCGUGGAAAAUGCCAAAUGUCUCCAAGCCAACGCCUUCAUUCAGGCCGGGAUCUUUCAAGAAUUCAGCGUUCAAGAGGAAUCUGUGAUCUUCCGAAUUAAUCUCACCGUCCUUCUGGAUUGUUUGACCAUCUUUGGUGCAAGUGCCGUGCCAGCCACUCCGACGGCUCUGAAGAUGUGUUACCGCGGCUAUGGGCACCCCCUCAUGCUGUUCCUGGAGGAAGGAGGGGUGAUGACCGUGUGUAAAAUCAACACUCAGGAACCCGAGGAGACGUUGGACUUUGACUUCUGUAGCACCAAUGUGGUCAAUAAAAUCAUUCUGCAGUCCGAGGGGCUGAAAGAGGCGUUCUCCGAGCUGGACAUGACCAGUGACUUCCUGCAGAUCACAAUGUCCCCCACUAAGCCAUACUUCAGGUUGUCAACAUUUGGCAAUGCAGGAAGUGCCCACCUGGACUACCCGAAAGAUUCGGAUCUGAUAGAAGCCUUCCACUGUACAGAGACUCAGACAAACAGAUAUAAAAUCUCCUUACUGAAGCCAUCCACCAAAGCUCUGGCCUUGUCAUGUAAGGUGUCCAUCCGGACCGAUAACCGAGGCUUCCUCUCCCUGCAGUACAUGGUGAGGAAUGAAGACGGACAGAUCUGCUUCGUUGAGUAUUACUGCUGUCCAGAUGAAGACCUGCAGGAUGCAGAAUCCUAGAGACUUACCUGACUCAUAUCCUUCUGCUGCCUCAGAAUAUCAGAUUGCAUUAAAACCACCCAACCCAGAAUCCUUAGAACUGGGUCUGAUCUGCGUUGCUGCAUGCCUUGGACUGUUAUUCAUCUAAAUGGCUCCUGUAAGGGGGGCGUGGAGGCAGGGCUGCUGUUAGAAACCACGGGGCCCCAUACAGCCAACCUGACAGAGCCCCUCCCUCCAAAUAACUACAGUUUACUAUGCUUCAGUUAUGAAUGAACACAAUGUUAGCGAUCAGUACCGAUCACUCACUGUGCUAAUUCAGGAAAGGAAGGGGCUGAUAAAUAUGACACAAUUACCGAACCCUUCCCCCACUCUUCAUCCUGGAGAUUCCUAUUGUAUGCUUGCAGGAAGGAGAGGAGGGAAGCCGGUAGCACUGUGGGGUGAGGGGGGAAAUGUAUGGUGCACAUGAAGAGUGAUCGUUGUGGCAGGAGGGAAAUUACUGGAAUCAAUCCCUUGUAUGGCUCUCUCUGCAGCGGUUGAAAGCCAGCAGUAGGGAGAGUAGAAGUUGCCGGCUUAGAACUGCUGCAGAGAGAGCCAUACAGGGGAUCAGUUCCAGUAAUUGCCCCCCAUCCUCCCUGCCCACAUCCGAUUCACCCUGCUGCCUGGGCCCCCUACAGAAGGACUGGUGGUACCCCCUUAUCCAGGGCACUGUGUGGAGGACCUGCCCCUUCUGCCACACGAUGGAGUAAAGGGUGGUAGUCAUUCUCCUCUCUGUGAAAGUGCUGAUUGUAUUUCCUUUAUUCCUCUUUGUGCUAUGGCUCUUAACAUAGAUAGAUGGCUUGGCUCAGAUUUGGAUGCGUGCAAAUGGAAGCUGAUCCCACUGGAAGCAUCUGAUUGGCUGCUUGUUAUAAAAGUGGUCACAUGAUCACAUAUUAUACACAUCAAUAAAACGCAGUGACAGAUAUUAAGGGGUUGGUCCAUCCAAAAUGUAGAUUUGUGUCAGAAGUGGAUGCUGUUGAGUUGUCACCCAUUGGUUCCUUAUAUUGCUUGCAAAACUUUAGAAUGUUGUUUGUUUGUUUUUUUAAGUGUAAG